AUAUCCACAGCGUUUUCUGGCGGGUUCUGAAAACGCUAGCGACCUCUGCACUCCCCCAAAAAUCUCACCCGGUCUUAUUCACGAGGAUGUGCUUCCUUCGGGUAAGAUGUGGGGGAUGUCUUGUCUUUAUCCACGAACUUCAUUCCAAUGCAUUCCUGCAGAGUUUGUCUUAUUCCUGUAUUUCCAUUCAGUGCUCCCUACCUUUUCUGUUACGUAUUUUUUUUUUAUUUUCCUAUUUUUUGGCUGGUUCAUUGGGAUCUGACCGGCCAAAAAAAGUUUGCCUUGGUUUUGCCAUGUAUAUAAUGUUGCCCAGUUGGUUGUUGAUGUGUAGUAUCUGUUGCGAGUGUUCCGCAUCUUGGAAAAAUUCAAAAGGCAUAUAUGACAAGGACUUGCUUUCUCUCUCCCUCUCUCCUUUCAAUUUCCAUCUCGUAUUCAUCCUGGAUUAUUUUUCUCGUCUCCUCUCUUGACGUUGGCCAUCCGCCUGUGGAUUAUCACGUGACAACAUCUCGAUAGCCGCGGUUCGCAUCCGAGCAGGUCAAAGUUGCCAUUUUUAGUUCGCUCACUCACUACGCAAUACCUCUCUGUAUUAUUAUUCACUGGUGGGAGGGCGCUGACGGAACCCAAAUUCUCAACCCCCCAUUCCUCUCAAAACACCUCUCCGGUACAUUAC